GUUUUCCACCCGGAAGUAUUUUAUAGGUGCACACAUUACAAUGGCAGCAUGUCAGAUAAACAGCGAUUCCGUUGAGGAAAUAAAUGAUCCAGGAGCCGCUCCUUACGGCAACUUUAUAAACUAUUACACCUUUAAUCCUCCGGAGAACCGCUUGAGUCUGAUUCCAGCCACGCUCCUUCAGGAUUUAGGUUACAGCGACGGCCACCAGACCACUCUGAUCCUGGACGUGGGAUGUAAUUCAGGGGACCUGAGUGUAGCCUUUUAUAGGCACCUGGUGCAGGAGCCUGUGUGCGGAGGAGAGUCAGACAGGUUCAAAGUUCAUCUCCUGGGCUUCGAUCUGGACGAGGCUCUCAUUCAGAGGGCUCAGCAGACCAACCCUCUGCCCAGCAGCAUCUCCUUCAUCCCCCUGGACAUCACUACAGAUGCUGACCGGCUUCAGGAUUACCUCAACCAGCACGGCUGCUCCCGCUUCCACCUGUGUUUGUGCCUGGCUGUCACCAUGUGGGUCCAUUUAAACCACGGAGACUCUGGCCUGCUGCAGCUACUCUCUCGCCUGGCCUCCAUUAGCCAGUACCUCCUGUUGGAGGCCCAGCCCUGGAAGUGUUACCGCUCUGCGGCCCGCCGGCUGAGGAAACUUGGCCGCUCAGACUUUGACCACUUCAAGACACUGAAGAUUCGCGGGGACAUAGCAGAGCACGCCAGGAUGCACCUGGAGAGAGACUGUGGCAUGGAGCUCAUGCAGAGCUUUGGCAGCACCACGUGGGACCGAAAACUGCUGCUCUUCAGAAGGAGAUGAGACGGAGUGACAGUGUCCUGCUACACAGGAGCUGCAGGUAGAUGAUCAGAAAGACAAAACCAAAUAGACACGUGUGGAGAAUGGGAGGAAAUAGGAUUGAAUUAGUUGAUUAACAUUACUCAGUAUCUGGAUAAUCAAUUUAUUGUAAAAUAAUGUUCAAAGCAAAAAGGUCAAAGAUCCACUAGUUCCAGCUUCUGAAAUACUCAAUUUUUCUAAUUUAUUUUUGUCUUAAGUGUAUUCUUAGGUUUUGUGCUCUUGGUUUGGCAUGUUAUUGGUCCAGCUAUUAGCAGAUUGUUCUAAUUUGUAACAAUUAGGGCAGCAGCUUGCAAUUUUGUAGUCUCUGUGUCACAAAGUAGUGAAAAAUAUCUAGUUUUCAAGAGCCUGAGGUGACGUCUUGUCUGACCAACAGCCCAAAACCCAAAGAUAUUCAGUCUGUACUGAUUGCAGCUUGAGGAAAGGAGAACUGGUCACUGUAGCACAUUUAAAUUUAGAUGUUGUGGCUGAACCUUGUAAUACAUUUUGUCGUCCAUUUAAAAAAAAAAAAAAAAAACAGUUAACUGUAAUUUAUCUGCCCUAAACUGUGAUAGUUUGUAGUAAUUAAAAUAUUUGCCCAGCUACAGAACUGCUACAUUUUAUAAUAUGCAAUCAGUGUCAUGCUUUUUGAAUGAUAAAGCAUAAUUUUUCAUUAUGAAGCAGUUAUUCCCUUCUGUAUCAGAGCUGAGUGAACCAUAGUAGUUCAAUAAUACAAAACCAGAAAACAAAAACUUAAGCACAGCAUCUAAUUUUCAUCAUUUUAAUUACAGAAUACUAAAAAUAACAUUACAUAAAAUGUCUUUUUAAAAGAAACCAUUGAAUAUUACAAAGGUUGUAAAUUUUGUAAAGUUAGGAUAUAAAAUCUUUGAACAGUGGUGCAUAAUUGAAAAGAAAAAUAAUUUUCAUAAAAUGUAUAUAUUAACUGUUCUACUACAUAAAAAAUGAGAUGGACACAAAUUGCAGACAGAUGAGAUGAGCAGACACCGCCAUUAACGCAGUGAUCUCUCCUUUCGAAGGAAGAAAGACUUUUGAGAUGCACAGCACACACCACAAUCAGCUUAAGUUCUCAAGUUAUGUCUAUGUUCAAAAAAAAAAAAAAAGAGGUGGGAGGUGGGGUUACCAUUUACAACAGAGGAGAACAAACAAGCUCAAGAGACUACAAAAAGUGACUUGGUGACUGCUCCCAAUAUUCACACAUCUCAAUGGGUCAUAACCCGACUAAACUGGCCUUGGUUUCAUUAACACAUACCUUUCCACAGGUUUAAGCUGUACAAAGAUGAGUAGCAACAUUUUUGAGACACCUCAUACUUAAAUCAUUCCACCAAGACAGGGAAAUAAUGGUCAGCUGUCUUUCAGUCUCCUAACACAGCCAUUCCUAUAUACUACUGUACAACUGGUCGGUCAGAUCCACUGAAAGCUACCAUGGUCACAUAAUUCACGUCAGGAGGUCAACCUUAAGGAACUGGAAUAGACUAUACACAAAGGGAGGGUGGGUGGGGUGGGUUCAUGCAUAAUCCAACAGUGUGCUAGCUUUCUUCCUCCUCUCUCUAAGUUUUACGUCACCCUGUGGUACAUCAUCGUGAGCCCUUGUUAAGAUGUUUCAGUCAACACCACAGAAUCACUCAAGAAAUAGAAUCACCAAUCAACAACAUUCAGAGCCUGUUUGAACCGCAGAUGUCCCUCUACAUGUAUGACACACUGGCCAGUCAUGUCCACACAGAGGUAUUUCAUUUAUUUGUCUCCUGCCGUUUUGGGAAACGCGUUGUGUCACAUUUUUGGUAAACAGACACAGAUUUUUGUAGAAGGGGAGGAGGGCAAUUAACAGUUCAUUAAGGUGUUUUUAGAAAUGUCAAAGAUAUGGUUUUAAUCAAGAGUUAUGCUGAGUGGCAGAAUCAGCUUCUUCUGUGCAGUAGUAGUGGUUUCAGUGGCCCAUGAAGCCCAGGUGGAGAAAUGCAAAGAGAAAGAGUGAAGUAGAGAAGGUAGAAGGGGAAACAGACAACAACCCAGAGGACAUCUCAGAAGACAGAGGACGUCUGAGACAAGAGGCAUUUGGGAGGAAAUGAGGCGAGAGACACCAGCAGAGCUACGUGGGUUUGGCUGGUCCGUUGCUCAGACAGCUGUAGUUUUUUUUUUUUUUUCUUUUUUUCACCAGGGAUCCAGGAGCUGCUGCUUAUCAUUGUAAGCUGAUAAUGCUGUUUAGGUUCAGAUGAGUCCCCCUGAGUUAGUGCACACAUCAGAGUCAGGCAGGCCUCGCCCGCUUGUUCGUUAAGAAAUCCUCAAAAAGAAGCAAUAAGGAAUAAAAAAAAAAAAAAAAAAAAAA